AUGACAACUGUGAGAUACGAACAAGGAUCAGAGCUGACAGAAGCUGCUGGCUCUCCAAAACCAGAAGAGCCCACAGUAAAGAUUGAUGAUGGUCGUGAUGAGGAUGAUGAACCAGACAGCUGUUCCAGUGCAAUAAGGAGAAAAAUAUCCCCAUUUGUGAUGUCAUUUGGAUUCAGAAUAUUUGGAGUUGUACUUAUCAUUGUGGACAAUAUAUUUGUUAUUGUGGAUCUGGCUGUCCUUGGGAAGAAGAAGUAUCUUUCAGAUAUUUUUGAAGGUGUUUCCCUGGCAAUAGCAUACUUCUUUCUCAUCGAUGUUCUCCUGAGGGUCUUUGUUGAAGGCUUUAGGAAAUAUUUCCAGUACAAACUGAAUAUUUUGGAUGCAUUCAUAGUGGUGGGCACUCUGAUAAUUAACAUGAUAUACACCUUGUCAGGCUUCACUGAAGUAAAUCAGAUUCCAAGAAUGGUUACUUUAUUCCGAGCUAUGAGAAUCAUCAUUUUAAUGAGAGUAUUUCGCCUGGCUUCGCAGAAGAAGCAACUUGAAAUGGUGACCCGGAGAAUGGUCUCUGAAAACAAAAGGCGUUAUAUGAAAGAUGGCUUUGAUCUGGAUCUCACUUAUGUUACUGAUCGCAUUAUUGCCAUGUCAUUUCCAUCUUCUGGGAAGCAAUCUUUCUAUAGGAACCCUAUAGAGGAAGUUGCAAGAUUUCUGGACACCAAACAUGCAGACCACUACAAAGUCUACAAUCUCUGCAGUGAAAAAGGCUAUGACCCCAAGUACUUCCACUACAGGGUGGAAAGGAUCUUUAUUGAUGACCACAAUGUCCCAGCACUACAGGACAUGGUAAAAUUCACUGCCAAUGUUCGUGAAUGGAUGAGUCAAGAUGAAAAGAACAUCAUUGCAAUUCACUGUAAAGGAGGCAAAGGCAGGACUGGAACAAUGAUCUGUAUCUGGCUCAUAGACAGUUACCAGUUUGAAAGUGCAAAGGAAAGUUUGAACUACUUUGCAGAGAGAAGAACUGAUAAAAGCACAAGUACCAAGUUUCAAGGAGUUGAAACUCCAUCCCAGAGUAGGUAUGUUGGGUAUUAUGAGAUACUGAAAAACAAGUAUGACUCGAAACUCCCACCAGAGAGACAACUCAAAAUAAAAAACUUCAAAAUCCAUUCUAUACAUGGAGUUGGGAAAGGCAAUGGAACUGAUAUGAAGGUGCAGGUAAUAGUGAAGAAACAAGUUGUACUAGAAUGUGUAUGUGCCAGUCAAGGAAACUGCAAGCUCUUCUUUGAUUCUGAGAGUGACUCUGUAGUCAUUGCUGUGGAAGACAGCCCUGUUAUAAGUGGUGAUGUGAAAGUCAGAUUUGAAUCGCAGUCUGAUCUCUUAAAAGGCUAUGAUGACUGCCCUUUCUUCUUCUGGUUUAACACUUUCUUUAUUGAAAAUAACAGACUUUACCUUCCCAGAAAUGAGCUGGAUAACCCUCACAAGUCUAAAACAUGGAAAGUCUAUAGAGAGACAUUUGCUGUGGAGGUGAACUUCACUGAACCAUAAAGGAAAGCUGAAAGAAGGGAAACAUGUAAAAUUAAUCUCUUUUCCUGGAGAAUGUCUUGCUGCUUCAGUAUAAAGUGAAGUAGUCACAUUUUGGUGCACUUAAUGUAUUUCUGUGUAGAUACAAUUUCUCAAAUAAAUGAAGUUCUGUUGUGCAGAGCAAUA